AUGUUCAGCGAGAUCAAGCCGGUCAAAGUCUGGGGCCAGGGAGGUCCUAAUCCUCCCAAGGUCGCCAUGUUGCUCGGAGAGCUUAAGGUCCCUUUCGAGCCGAUUCCCAUCCCGCUGACGGACGUAAAGAAUCCCGAAUAUCUUGUCAUCAAUCCGAAUGGGCGAAUUCCAGCAAUAUAUGACCCAAACACCGAUAUAACACUGUGGGAGUCUGGUGCAAUCCUUGAAUAUCUCAUUGAGCGGUACGAUCCUGAGCACAAACUCAGCUUUCCGCAGGGAAGUCCAGAGGCAUACCACGCAAAGCAGUGGCUUUUCUUCCAGGUAUCAGGCCAAGGCCCGUAUUAUGGGCAAGCGGCAUGGUUCAAGAAAUUCCAUCCAGAGAAAGUUCCGAGCGCGCUGGAACGCUACAAUACGGAGGUUGCACGUGUCACCGGGGUCUUGGAGGGAUGGCUAGCUCAGCAAAAGGAGAAAUAUGGGGAUGAAACCGGGAGUGGUGGACCAUGGAUAGUCGGGAACAAGCUCUCGUAUGUGGACUUUGCUUUCGUUUCCUGGCAAAGAAUUAUUGUCAUGGUCUUGGAGAAGAGCGAUUUUGACCAGGAUGACUUCCCUCUUGUCAAGGAGUGGCUGGGUAAGUUGACUGUCAGACCGUCCGUUAAAGCUGCUAUAGAUGGCACAAUCGCUGCAGUAGCAGCUGAAAAGAAGAAAUAG